UCAUACUCACCAAAAGCCCAUUUGUGUUCGCCUCUUGCCUCCAAAACUCCCAAAAUGACCUCAACAGCCAUACCCCCUGCAGCGGUUGCGGCCAACAACAACACUCUCAAUAGCGCCCUCGCCGCUGAACAAAUUUCAAGUCCCGCUUCACCAGUCGACAAGCCCGUGGAUGAAAAGAAACAGCUUGAAGAAGGCGAGAUUGAAGAGAAUCCUUCAGAAGGCGACUCCCAAACAAAGACCAUUUUUGACGAUGCCAGUAAAUUCAAUGUUAAGCACCCAUUGUUUUCCACUUGGACUCUUUACUUCGAUUCCCCUCAAUCAAAGUCUCUCCCUAAAACCCCGCAGACUACCCCCGCUAUGCCCCAGGGAUCCCAUGGCUGGAUGGCGGAUAUCCGAAAGGUCGUGUCGUUCGACAGUGUGGAAGAGUUCUGGGGUCUCUAUAACAACAUCAUUCCUCCCUCCCAGCUCCCUGGUAAAGCCAACUAUUAUCUUUUCAAAAAUGGCAUUAUUCCGGCCUGGGAAGACCCUCAAAACAAGAAUGGUGGAAAAUGGUCUAUUCAAGUACCCAAGAACAGCGAAAGCAAAAGUUCCAUUGACAGAAUGUGGCUCUAUACGAUGCUUGCUGCGAUUGGCGAAACUUUCGAGACAGCCUCCACCGACUCUGAGAAUGCCCCUUCCCCUACCCAAUCAGAUCUCAUCACCGGCGUGAUCGUCUCUCCUCGUCCCGCUUUCUAUCGAAUUUCCAUUUGGACUCGCGAGGCCAGCGAUGUUAACGUUCUCGACACUGAUGCGAUCAAGGCUCGUCUGCUCAACAUCGGCAAACACUUCAAGACAAGUGUCUUAGGGUACGAACUUGAGCAGAAGCUCACAGAGGGGGGCUUCCAAACAGAGCUCACUUUCGAUGCUCACAAAGAUUCUGAAAAGAAAGUGAACAAGAACAAAUUCACUGUGUAAAGUACAAGACAAGAGAAGACUAUAGAGAUUUGAUCAGCUUGUUUGCCAAGUGCGAGGCGUGUUGGAGAGAUAUAUCUGGACUUCUUGAUGUGCCCAGUCAAAUGGUCAUUGAUAUGCAUGUGUAUUGGUAGUUUGAACAACAUGGUGCUGGUGGAUCAUCACCGAAAUCGAAUCAUUGGGUUAGGGCAAAUGGGAACCGUUAAGCGGAGAAGGGGUGUUAUAAGUAGGACAAGAUGUUUCCCAGCAAUUGGCUAUCAUUUCCAUUAUGACAUUCUUUUUAACCCAGAAUAAAAGCUCUGAAGAGGUUUAUGGUAGUCGAGGAACGUUACAAUGUUGAUGGAGAUAUGAUAUCAUUUAGAGUCGG